AUGGAGAGAACAGGAGAUGAUGAUGAUGCCAUUGAUGACGAUGUUGGCGUCGAUGAUGAUGUGGAUGUGGCAUUAAGUGGAGAGAAUGACAGAAAUGAAGGAGUUGAUGACGAUGAAAUUGAUAGCAAUGAAGGCAAGAACUUAAGUGAAGGCAAUGAUGAAAACGACGCAAUCGAUGACGAAUUUAACGUUUUUACUGGAGAUGACGAAAACGCCGCAAAAGCUGGAGAUUUUUUAGAUGAUGACGAAAAUACUGGUAUCAAUAAUAGUAAUGAAAACCAGGAAAUCGAAGAUGAUGAGCCUUCAACUUUAACAUCCACUCACGACAAUAGGUUGAAACUUGGCAAUGGCGAGCUGGAGGAGCUGAAACAGUACGAACGGGAGCUGGAAGCUGGUGAUUUAGCGGAGUUCUUUGGCAAUAAUCAUCAUCGCGAACCGAGGUAUUAUAAAGACCUGGGCCGCCGGUUUGUUCCUGUCUACCCUUACAAGGAGAGAAAAGUUAAACAUAGAAAACCGAGUCCUGAGCAAAUAGUACAAUUUAUUAUGUCGUCAAAAAAAGUUCUAAGGGACAAUGAAGACACGACAGAUAUAGUACCAAUAAUGGCACCAGCUGAUGUAGUCGUAGCUGUGAUGAAAAACGGUACGAAAAAAUAUUCCUCUAAGCCCAGCGAGCCUACGGAAGAAGUCAUCAGACAGUACAUGCUGAGGAGUGGUGACUAUUGGGAUGGCGUGUGGAAAGAAGAUGUGAAGCCAGACACUAUUUUAAGAACAAAGAAAAAUAAACAUCAAAAAGAAACAUUGGAUAUCCAGCCAUUCGCAUCGAAGCUUGUCCCGGGCACCAAGUUGUAUGAUCUGCUCGCUAGGAUUGUGAAGAAAUCACCGAAACUCUUGUACUUUAUCAACAAUUAA